GAAAUCUCGCUAAUCAGGCAAAGUAUAAAGCAAAGAGUUUCCCCGUGUUCCUAAAAAUAGUUCUGAAUGUAGCAAAUGUUGGUCGGUUUGUUGUAAAAGCCAGUCCGUGUAAGCAGCAGUAUCAUUGGUCUCCUCGUAGAGAGGAGCGUUUUAAAUUCCCAGGUGAAUGCCAGUCCAUCAAGCUACCUUCUAGUGGUCAACUGGUGCUCUCAGCAGUAAUGGCGUUGUUGGUGCGGUGCUCCAAGCCAGUGUGUGUUUAAAGCUCGCCUUUUGCAACGUUUUAAAAUAAACCUCGCACAUUUUGAAGAAUUGUAGCGUGGUCAAGAGUAAUAAUAGUUAGUCAGACCCGACUUAAAUAGCCGCAGUGUUAAUGAUGUGAUUGUGUGCUAUUGGAUUCUUCUAACUAUCGCAAAGCCAAUGUCGAGGAAGCCGACUCUCAAGGAAUGUAGAUAAGGUAGUAUGUCGGAUGGCUCUGGAUGAGCGGAAGCAGCGCCGGGAGCGGAGGCGGUGCAGCGGCGGCGGCGCUCCGAGCCGCCGCCAGCGCGGGAGACGUCGCAGCGUGCACUCGUUACUUGGGGGCGGCUCGUUGCGUCCGCUUUUCAAGGGACGAAACCGGGAGAUCUGCCCUUCAUUUGGCGGCGAGUGCAGGCCACGGUGCCGUCGUCAGACUCCUACUGAAUGUUGCCGCCCCCAAGGAGGUCGACAGUCCGGAUGGGGGCGGCUGCACCGCCUUGCAAAGAGCCGCCGCCGAUGGCCACGAGGAAGUCCUCCGGCUGCUGCUAGCCAGAGGGGCAGAUGUGGACAAGCAAGAUAGUGUGCACGGAAACAGCGCGUUGCACGAAGCCGCCUGGAAGGGCUACUCCCGUUCCGUCCGCCUCCUGGCAGCCGCCGGGGCCACCCUUUCCCGAGCCAACGCCGGAGGCUUCACAGCCCUCCACCUCUGCUGCCAGAACGGCCACAACCAAUCCUGUCGGGAACUUCUCCUUGCCGGCUGUGAUCCCGACAUCCAGAACAACUACGGCGACACCGCUCUCCACACAGCUGCAAGAUAUGGCCAUGCUGGAGUCACCCGUAUUUUAAUUUCAGCGCAGUGUCGUGUUUCCGAACAGAAUAAAAACGGUGAUACCGCCCUUCACAUAGCCGCAGCUAUGGGAAGGCGGAAGUUAACAAGGAUAUUGCUAGAGGCGGGUUGUGAUAAAAGUGUGCGGAAUAAACAGAACGAAACCGCAAGAGAUAUCGCGUUGAGAAAAGACUUGAACGAGAUUCUGACCAUUUUGGACGAGUGUGUGGCCAAGAAGGACAAGAAAGGGAAAAGCAAGAAGAGGUCGAAGAGCAAAGUGCGGUUUGACCCAAAACACAACUCAGGUGAAAACAUUGUUAAUAGGAUUGAAAAACCGCGCCACUGGUCGCCCUACGGCUGCCACUACUAUCCAGACCCGGAGGCGUUUCCCUCCCCACGUCUGGACUCCCUCCCUCAGGAACCCCUCAAACGUGGGGAACAAUACUACCUGGACUUGGCCGGAAACAUCCGGAAAGGUCCCGUGGGAGUUGGAUACACUUGUUAUUGUGCCCCUUUGUUCCGGCACCUGGAGGCACGUCUGGAAAGGGAUAAAAGGGAACUACAAAGGGCUCAAGUCAGAUUGGGACAAAGGGUUGCCGGUCUGGAACAAAAACUCAACCGAGGAGCGCAUGGACGACGCUCUGAAAGGAUUAUUUCGAAUCCAAUCCAAGAACCACAAUUACCAAGGUCCAGGAGUUUGGAAAUGUUGGAUAAGUUGGAACGGGCGCCCAUGCAAGCCGCAAGGAGUUUGGACGAGCUGGACCCCCCCGAAGCCGAAGAAGCGGAGCAGCGACCCUCCGUUAAGGAGCUAGUGGCCCGAAUCCAGCAGCAAACCAGUGCCCAAAACAACACUGGCAACAACAGUGAGAGCAGCGACGAUGAAGACAGUCCCAUGCGAAUGACCCAGUUCAAGGGUCCCAUGGGCGAUUCCAACCUCGCCAGUCCCAUGCCCAACUACGAGAACGUCCCAAACGACGCCCCCAGGAGCAGGAGCGGCGUCUACAGCCCCACUGUCAUCAACACUGCUUUGGUGGACUCCAACUCGCGCUACAUCGAACCCAUCGUGAAAAUUCAAGAGUCCAACAUCAGAUACAACGACACUUACUCCCGAAAUGUGCCUUCGACGAGCCACCACGACCCCAACUACCGUCUACACUACUACGACAAUGAAAUAGCGUCAAAGAAGUAUUACGAUCUCAACUCGAGGUUUGCCAAGUUGGGGAAAACGGGGCUUGAAGGCGCCAGAAUGCUGGAUUCGAGCAAAAUGUUCGAGAGCACGACCAGGAUGUUGGAGAAUCCGCAAGAUACAGCUGAUAGGGAUACGAAUAACGACUCGGGUUAUUCGACGAAAGUUUACGGGAGUUCCAAGGGGAAUUCGCCGAGCUUGUCGGGACAAAUUGAUAAUGAGUGCUUGGGAGCGUCCAGUUUAGUGUGAAUUCAACACCAAAUUAUUCCACACUUUCAUGUACAAAUGUUUUUUACUGAGGUUGCUUUAAUUAUGGUGCCGUAUCUUUUAAAGAUUACCUGAUGUAUUAAAUUUUACGUAAGAGAACUAUUUUGUUAACUUAAGAAGUGUACUUCAUAGAAUCUAUUUUUCAUGCAUCACUAUUACAUUCUUCAUUAGUUUAGGUUAGAGCUACUAGAGUUGUUGACAAUAUGUAUAUGUAGUAUGAAUAAAGUCGAUAUAUUUUAUUAAA